UAUGCUAAAUUUUGGUGUUUGUUUUCAGGCUGGCUUGUCCUCCUAAGUGAUUAAUUAAAAUUUAGAAGAGAUAUGGAGAGUAAGUAUGGCUCUUGAGAUUAAUGAAUGUUCGCGUGACCUACCUACUACGAUACCUUCUUCCUCGUUAUGGCACCUUCAUUGAAGGGUGCUAUAGUUGAAAAACAGGUGAAGGUUGUUGUUCUUGGAGAUAUUUCUACUGGGAAGAGCUGUUUGUGCGCCCGGUUUUGUAACGAUGAAUUUACGAGACAGUACUACCCAACAAGUGGGGUGGACUUUUUCUUGAAGCGCAUCCACAUUCAAGACCACGUCAUCAAGCUCCUGAUUUGGGAUGUCAGUGGGGCUGCGAUGAACAGUCCAAUGAUAACGAAUUAUGUAUAUAACGCGCAUAUUAUACUCUUCGUUUACGACAUCACAAGCCUGUCAAGUUUUGUCUCAGUGCGUCAAUGGUAUGACACAGUCGCAAAAGUACAAGCCAGAGCCAGACCGACAGAACUUGCUUUGGUUGGAAACAAAAGUGACAUGGAGCAUCAGAGAAGUGUUCCACUCAACAAACAUGCGAAGUUUGCAUCUGAUAUUGGAUUCUCCUCUCAUAUUGUGUCGGCGCGGACCGGGGAAAAUGUCAUUGGUUGCUUUCAAAGAGUCUGUGCCAACUGUUUGAACAUCAAACUUACAAGAAAUGAACUCGAAGAGAGGACACAGGUCAUCAAAGCUGAAAUCGUCACAAGCAACCAGAGUAACGCGAUUCAAGUAUCAACAACCACUUCCUCAGCUUGCGUACUGCAAUGACGUCUAACGGAAAGAUUGAGAACCUCACACAGUUUAACCAAUAUCCGGUAUAUUUUUAUCCAUAUCGACUUCGACAUGAAAAAAGUAGACCAACUGGAACAGAGUUCGUAUAACCACUCCUUAAAAAUAAUUUCUAAAUUUGUUUCACCAAGAGCUUUUUUAUUCUUAUCGCUGCUGAAAGGAGACUUCAACUGUAAUACUUUAUUAUAUUAGAGAUGAUCGUUUACUAAAAUUAACAAAACUUUGGAUUAGUUUUUAUUCGAAGACUGUAAUGGACCAAACAUGUUAUGAGAAAUAUUCAUUUUGAGAGUGGAAUUUUAAAAGUUUUAAAUGACGCAAAUUAGCUCGGAUUUCUUUCAAGUGAAAAAUUAAGUUUCAUCUAAUGAAAAAGUUGUUUAAUUAAACUAGUAUCAAUGUAGCAUAUUCGUAUGACUUAUAACACAAUAAUUGCAAUAGAAUACAGUAACUACAAUUGCAAAUUUGGACCUCUCCGCCAUUAACUCUUAUGACUUUAACACAUGGUCUCUUUAAGAGGAAGGAAACAUUCAAAAAGAGGCGGAAUUUUAAAGCCUUUGAUUUUGCUUUCAAUUCUGUGCAUAUGCAAUCUGAGCUCCGCACCAGUUGAAAUAUUUGUAUCGCGCUUUGUUGAUUCGGAGGCGCAGUUUUGAUGGAAAGUUUGGACCAUUCCUGUUUGAAUACGGGCAGUUCAAUGAACACGAUUUCCAAAAGAAGAUAAUAAUUAUGUCAUUGGAACUUUAUAUACUUCAGAGUCGAGUUACACACGAAUAAGGUUGUGUAACGUAAAAAAUAUCUCUUUUGCAGCUUAUGAGUCCAUUUUGCCUUCUUUAUGAAAUGAAUGCGAAUCUAUUUGUAACUGCUUAACACGUCUUUCCUUGUUAGAUAAUUUUCUUCUAUCCAACAUAUAAUUUUUCAAAUAAAAGUAGCAUGGCAAAAAUACAGCUACAUUUGUCAACUUUAUAUCACAUGACAUAAUAUUCCGUCUAUAUUCUUUGAUGUCAACCUCUCCCCAAAUUAUCAUCACACAGUGGUGUCUAUUUAAAUAAGUACCAUGAAUGUCUUUACCCACACAAAAUCAGCUAAGAUUAAUAAAACCCUCAUACAUUAAUUUUAUGGUAUCGGGCGUAAAUUACUUUUCUGUGAGUAGAUCACGACCUGCAUCUCCAGAAAUUCUGCUUCUUUGCUCAAAUUCGUUGUUUUUGUAAUAAAGUUGUAAACAUUUCUGUAAAUCUGUUUGUAAA